UGCUCAUAUAGGCACCAAGUUUUCCUCAACAAGCAGAGUUUUUUGUUAUUUUUUUCGUGCGUCAAGUUGUCGGCAAAACCAGUCGCUUUUGUGUCGUGGAACGGAGUGCUCGUUUUUCUCGAAAUUUAAAAACGGAAUUUUGUACACAAGAAUGAAGACUUUGAUAUCAGUGUCAGCCGUGGUGUUGAUGACGUCAGCAAUCGUGGCGGGUCAACGACCUUUCUUCGCGGGCUCCAAACCCAUUGGGUUCCCUGAGACUCCUAACAGGACUACUACGACACCUGAUCCUCUUGAUAAUCGUUUCGGCGAAGGCACAACCCAAAGACUGCCUAUAGAAGCAAAUGGCGACCGCGACCUCAUUGACAGGCUGAGCAAACUACCCAUAGACAAGCAGCCUUUCUGGUUCAUCAACUGGCAAGCUUUAGAAGCUAAUAGGAAGGACCCUCAGACCUACCCACAGAGACCCAGUGUUUUUGUCGACCCUGUACCUUCAAGCGGCAACGGUCUUGGUGAUCGAUUCUCAGACACUGGUCUCACUUCAAAUGUUAACCCUUCAGUUUCCAGUCAAUCUAACAAUAAUGGGAAUUCUAAUUCCAAUGCCGGGUUUGGCAGUGGACAGUUUGGCCAAGCAUCAGCAAGUGCGUCAAGUCAAUCCAGUAACAAUUUCAAUUCCAACCCUGGAUUUGGUGGUUUUGGGCAAAUUGUCCCAGCGGCACCGAGUAUCCCCAAUCAACCGAGUUUUAACCCCAAUUUCGGUUCAAACAACCAAGUUGCACAGACUACCGUUGUUUCACCAACUCUAGCGAGUUCUUACAAUCCCAAUUUUGAUUCGAAUCAUGGUUUUUAUGAUAUAAGUGGUCAGUAUAUACAAACGCCGCCUAUUGUGCCAUAUCAACCCAGUAAUAAUUUCAAUUCCAAUGCUGGGUCGGGGAACAAAAAUGGUCAGUUAGUGCAAACGACACAAAGAUAUCCGUGGAAUGCUUUCCCGUCGACAAAUUCUCAGUUUAACAGAUAUCCAGAAUAUAAUACUCAAAGGGCCAACACUAAGAACACUGGCCACUAAUAAUUGUAUAAGUAAUUAUUAUUUAUUGAACAAAAACAAGCAUUUAAUUUAAUAAAACAUGUUUAUUGACUUUUUUAAAUAAAUAAAACUUAAUUACUAAGCGUAACCUUAUUACUAAAACCUCAUAAGAUUGAAUAUAAAUAAAAAUAGUAAAAUGCAAUCAAUUGUUCAUUUUAUUUGACUCGAUAACUUAACAUCCGUACUGAGAUGUUUAAAAAUAUUUUUAUAAAAGUAUAAUAAUUAUUAAUUAUUGUACAAAAAUAUCAUAAUUCAAAUAUCGAACGAUAUUUGGUAAUGGUGUUGCCUAAUCAGUAAUUUCACUUUGUAUAAAAUGAUGACGUCAUACUAGUGACGUAACAUGUAUAUUCCUAGUCUACUUUAUUAAGGCUUUGACUGUAUAGACAUCAAGGCACUACAGAGCUAAGUAAGCACAGCCCUAAAUGUGUUAACUAACUUGUGGAAAUUACUAUAAAAUAGAGUAAUAGGAAUUCACAAUAAAUGCCUAUACAUAAGAAGAAUAAUUUAGAUAAUCAUUGUUUACU